AUGCUGGUAAAUAUUUUAAACAAGCAAAAUGACGAUACAACAAAGCAACAGAACACCACAAAUACUAUUGCUAACUUAAAAGUAUCAUCUCAAUUGGAUUUCGAUGAAUCCGACCAAGUUACAUAUAAUCCUGUAAGUUUCGAAAAGGAUUCUAUAGAAAUACCCACAGAUGACGAUGAUGAUGAAGAGGGAAAUCAUCAUGACACAACAAAUGGUAUGUACAAGACAAAAUCACAAAACAGAGAUGAACCAGAUAUAGAUUCUCCACCUUAUUCAUGGUUCGAUAAGAAGGAAAAGGCCUUCUUGGUGGUUCAAUGUGCUUUCACAGGUUUACUUUCCUCGUUAGCUGGGUCUAUUUAUUAUCCUGUUCUAUCAGUCUUGGAAGUAAAAUUCCAUAUUACUGAAGAACAAAUUAAUAUCUCAGUGGUUGUAUAUUACGUGUUUCAAGCUGUUUCACCAACUUUAAUGGGGGGGCUUGCUGAUUCUUUGGGGAGAAGACCUGUCAUUAUAACUUCUGUUUUCCUUUAUUUCUGUGCAUGCAUUGGGUUAGCUUGUUGUAAUAAUUAUUCGCAAUUGAUUGGUUUAAGAUGCUUACAAGCAACUGGUAUUUCACCAGUGAUUGCUGUUAAUAGUGGGUUAAUGGGUGAUGUUACAACAAAGGCUGAAAGAGGUGGAUAUAUGGGCCUUGUAUCUGGUACUCAAGUCCUAGGGACUGCGUUUGGUGCUUUAAUUGGUGCUGCUCUUUUCUCGAGAUGGGGGUGGAGAUCUAUCUUUUGGUUUUUAGUUAUUGGUUCAGGUGUUUGUCUAGUAUUAUCUUUAUUCAUCUUGCCUGAAACUAAAAGAACUGUAGUAGGUAAUGGAUCCAUCACUCCAAAGAGUUAUUUAAAUAAAUCACCAUUAUUAGCUAUACCUUAUUAUAGAAGGAAAUUACAUCUAAAUUCUCCUGAUUAUUCCACUCUUGAGAAAGGUACAAAAGUAAGCUUAUGGGCUCCAUUCACAGUUAUGAAGCAAUGGGAUAUUUCUUUGAUAUUAUUAGUCGCUGGUAUUCAAUUUGCAACUUGGACCACUCAUCAAACCGCGUUGACAACAGCUUUGGCAAAGGAUUACCAUUUUUCAGUGGUAAUUAUUGGUGUAUGUUUCUUACCUUCAGGGAUUUGUACCAUGGUUAGUGUUUUAUUAACAGGAAGAUAUUUGAAUUGGCUAUACAAUAGAAAAUUGAAUAAACAUAAAAUAUGGUAUGAAAAACAAAGACAACUGUUAUUAAGUGAAAACAAUAACGAUGAAAAAUUAGUCUAUGAUAUCAUGCAUAGGGAUUCUACUUAUGUUUUCAACCUUUACAGUGCAAGAUUACAGCCUGCCUUUGUAACUUUAUUUGGUAGUUGUGCUGGAUUUUGUGCCUUUGGUUGGUGCAUCGACGUACAUGCUCCAGUGGCUGCUGUGUUGUGUAUGAGUGGAUUUGGCUCCUUAUUUGCUAAUUGUGUUUUAACAAUGUCUACCACAUUAAUGGUAGAUUUAUUUCCUUCAAAGGCAUCUACAGCUACAGGAUGUUUGAACCUUUUCAGAUGUGCAUUAUCGGCCAUCUUCAUCGCUUGUUUAACAAGAAUGGUAAACCAUAUGUCCUACGGUGGUGUUUUUCCUUUUUAUCAGGGUUAA